UCCCUCCUCCUCAGCCAGCUCCCAGGUGGCAGCAGCCAUCUCCGUACCUCCCUCUCCGUGCCUCCCGCCGUUCCGCUCCACCUGUAGCGCGGCCGCGGGGCGGGUGUAAGGCGACCCCCCCGGCCCUGCCCGCUUCUCUCCGCCCGCCCGCCCGGGGCACGGCCGCCGCUUCCUCCCGCUCCGCAGCCGUGCGGCCGCGGCCCUGACGUCGCUUCCUUCCAACAUGGCGAGGGCAGGUUGGUGCUGCAUUCGCCGCCACUGCAGCCGCCGCCGCUGCUGCCGCCGCUGCUGAUGGAGGCGGCUGCCGGCCGGGCACGGCUCGGGGACUGAGCGCGUCGCGGCCGCGGUCCGCGCACACAGCGCGGGGACGGGGAGGAAGGAGAAGGAAGGAGAAAGCUUCGUCCCCCUCUCCCUCCCUCUACCGCGGGGGUUGGCUGCCGCCGCCGCCCGGGCCCACCUCAGCCUCCUCUCGGGGGCAGCUACCGAGCGGGCGUCGGGACGCCGCGGCCCUCCCUCCGCGGGAGCCCUUCCCCCGCGCCUGCCUCGGCCCGGCCCCGCGGCCUCGCCGCCUGCCGCGGCCCCUCGCAGCCCUCCGCCGGCGGCAGCGGCCGGUGCCCUGCUCUGGCAUUCUCCCCCCGCCCCUCCGCCUCUGCUGGCCUGUGCCCAUGUAUGAAGGGAAGAAGACGAAGAACAUGUUCCUGACCCGGGCCCUGGAGAAGAUCCUGGCCGACAAGGAGGUGAAGAAGGCGCAUCACUCCCAGCUGCGCAAAGCCUGCGAGGUGGCCCUAGAGGAAAUCAAGGCUGAAACUGAAAAGCAGAGCCCCCCUCAUGGAGAAGCAAAGCCUGGUUCCAGCACUCUCCCACCCGUGAAGUCCAAGAGCAGCUUCAUCGAAGCAGACAAGUACUUCCUGCCCUUCGAGCUGGCCUGCCAGUCCAGGUGCCCCCGCAUCGUCAGCACUUCUCUAGACUGCUUACAGAAACUUAUAGCAUAUGGACACUUGACAGGGAAUGCUCCAGACAGCACAGCUCCAGGCAAAAAAUUAAUUGAUAGAAUUAUUGAGACAAUAUGUGGCUGCUUUCAAGGCCCUCAGACAGACGAAGGGGUUCAGCUCCAGAUAAUAAAGGCUUUGCUCACUGCAGUAACAUCUCAGCACAUAGAAAUCCACGAAGGGACUGUGCUGCAGGCUGUAAGGACAUGCUACAACAUCUACCUAGCAAGCAAAAAUCUCAUCAACCAAACCACAGCCAAGGCCACUCUGACACAAAUGCUGAAUGUCAUCUUUGCACGUAUGGAGAAUCAAGCACUUCAGGAAGCCAAACAGAUGGAAAAGGAAAGGCACAGACAGCAGCACCAUCUACAGCAGUCUCCAGUAAGCCAUCAUGAGCCUGAGUCGCCUCAGCUGAGACAUAUCCCAGCACAGACUGAGCAGCUGUCCAAAGAAGAGGAGAGUGAGCUUGAGCAUGGCACAAACGACGUGGACAAGACCCUGCAGGAGGAUCUGGAGGCAGAAAAUGGAUCUGAUAUUUCUAGUGCUGAGAACGAGCAGACAGAAGCUGACCAAGCCACAGCAGCAGACACUCUUUCUAAAGCUGAGGGAGGAGCAUACGAUGGAGACAGCAACGAGUGUGAGGAGAAGGCACAGGAAAUCGUGGAGAGCAUUGUGCAGGAGAUGGUGAACAUAGUCGUUGGAGAUGUGGAGGGCACUGCUGACGGUGCAGGUGGUGAUGGCACCACAUUAGAGGACGGCAGUGACAGUGAGAACAUUCAGGCCAAUGGAAUUCCAGGGACUCCCAUCUCUGUUGCUUACACACCGUCCUUACCUGAUGACAGGCUCUCUGUCUCUUCCAACGAUACUCAGGAAUCUGGAAAUUCUUCAGGACCUACUCCUGGUGCUAAGUUUUCCCACAUUUUACAAAAGGAUGCCUUCCUUGUAUUCAGGUCACUGUGUAAACUCUCCAUGAAGCCCCUGUCGGAUGGACCCCCGGACCCCAAAUCUCACGAGCUGCGGUCCAAGAUCCUGUCACUGCAGCUGCUUCUGUCCAUCCUGCAGAACGCAGGCCCUGUCUUCAGGACAAACGAGAUGUUCAUUAACGCCAUUAAGCAGUACCUUUGUGUUGCACUUUCAAAGAAUGGAGUCUCCUCGGUUCCAGAAGUCUUUGAACUCUCACUCUCCAUAUUCCUCACCCUCCUCUCAAACUUCAAGACUCACCUGAAGAUGCAGAUUGAGGUCUUCUUCAAGGAAAUUUUCCUGUAUAUCCUGGAAACGUCGACGAGCUCCUUCGACCACAAGUGGAUGGUUAUCCAGACGCUGACCAGGAUCUGUGCAGAUGCCCAAAGUGUAGUGGACAUCUACGUGAACUAUGACUGUGAUUUAAAUGCAGCCAAUAUAUUUGAAAGGCUGGUUAAUGACCUCUCCAAGAUUGCCCAAGGAAGGGGUAGCCAAGAGCUUGGCAUGUCCACUGUUCAGGAAUUAAGUUUGAGAAAGAAGGGGUUGGAGUGCUUGGUCUCGAUCCUGAAGUGCAUGGUGGAGUGGAGCAAGGAUCAGUAUGUGAACCCCAACUCUCAGACAACGCUAGGCCAAGAAAAGCCCACAGAACAGGAGAGCAACGAGAGCAAGCACCCCGAGACAAUUAACAGAUACGGCAGCUUGAACUCCCUGGACUCGACAGCUUCCUCGGGGAUUGGCAGCUACAGCACACAGAUGUCUGGCACUGACAACCCAGAGCAGUUCGAAGUCCUAAAGCAACAAAAGGAAAUAAUAGAGCAAGGAAUUGACUUAUUCAACAAGAAACCAAAGAGGGGGAUUCAGUACCUGCAAGAGCAAGGAAUGCUUGGCACUACUCCUGAAGACAUUGCUCAGUUCUUGCACCAAGAGGAAAGAUUAGAUUCAACUCAGGUUGGGGAGUUCCUGGGAGACAAUGACAAGUUCAACAAAGAGGUGAUGUAUGCCUACGUGGACCAGCACGACUUCUCCACCAAGGACUUCGUCUCGGCCCUGCGCUUGUUCCUGGAGGGCUUCCGCCUGCCGGGCGAGGCGCAGAAGAUCGACCGCCUGAUGGAGAAGUUUGCUGCUAGAUACUUGGAGUGCAACCAAGGGCAGACUCUCUUUGCCAGCGCAGACACUGCCUAUGUUCUGGCCUACUCAAUCAUCAUGCUGACAACAGACCUGCACAGCCCACAGGUUAAGAAUAAAAUGACAAAAGAGCAGUAUAUCAAAAUGAACAGAGGCAUCAAUGACAGCAAAGAUCUCCCUGAAGAAUAUUUGUCUGCAAUCUAUAAUGAAAUAGCUGGCAAGAAGAUCUCAAUGAAAGAAACAAAGGAAUUAACCAUACCCACCAAAUCCACCAAGCAAAGUGUUGCUAGUGAGAAGCAGAGGAGACUGCUGUACAACUUGGAGAUGGAACAGAUGGCCAAGACAGCCAAAGCUCUGAUGGAGGCAGUGAGCCAUGUGCAGGCUCCCUUCACCAGUGCAACACACCUGGAGCACGUCAGACCCAUGUUCAAGCUGGCCUGGACACCUUUUCUGGCUGCCUUCAGCGUGGGUCUGCAGGACUGUGAUGACACAGAAGUGGCCUCUCUUUGUCUGGAGGGCAUACGUUGUGCCAUCAGGAUCGCCUGCAUCUUCAGCAUCCAGCUGGAGAGAGAUGCUUAUGUCCAAGCAUUAGCAAGGUUUACCUUGCUCACAGUGAGCUCUGGGAUUACUGAGAUGAAGCAGAAGAACAUUGACACAAUUAAAACUCUCAUCACGGUGGCUCACACGGAUGGAAACUACUUAGGCAACUCCUGGCACGAGAUCCUGAAGUGCAUCAGCCAGCUGGAACUGGCACAGCUCAUAGGAACCGGGGUGAAGCCUCGCUACAUCUCGGGGACAGUGCGUGGCAGGGAAGGCUCUUUCACUGGGACAAAGGAUCAGGCUCCUGACGAGUUUGUGGGGCUGGGCCUGGUUGGUGGCAAUGUGGACUGGAAGCAGAUAGCCAGCAUCCAGGAGUCCAUCGGAGAGACCAGCUCCCAGAGCGUGGUGGUUGCUGUGGACAGGAUAUUCACAGGCUCGACGAGGCUGGAUGGCAAUGCCAUUGUGGACUUCGUGCGCUGGCUCUGUGCGGUGUCCAUGGACGAGCUGCUCUCCGCCACCCACCCGCGCAUGUUCAGCCUGCAGAAGAUCGUGGAGAUCUCCUACUACAACAUGGGCAGGAUAAGGCUGCAGUGGUCUAGGAUCUGGGAAGUCAUUGGGGAUCAUUUCAAUAAGGUUGGCUGCAACCCCAAUGAAGAUGUUGCUAUUUUUGCAGUGGACUCACUAAGACAAUUGUCAAUGAAGUUCUUGGAGAAGGGGGAGCUCGCUAACUUCCGCUUCCAGAAGGACUUCCUCAGGCCCUUUGAGCACAUCAUGAAGAGAAACAGGUCUCCCACCAUCCGGGACAUGGUGGUGCGCUGCAUCGCGCAGAUGGUCAACUCCCAGGCUGCCAACAUCCGCUCCGGCUGGAAAAACAUCUUCUCGGUCUUUCACCUGGCAGCCUCUGACCAGGACGAGAGCAUCGUGGAGCUGGCCUUCCAGACCACCGGGCACAUAGUCACACUUGUGUUUGAAAAACACUUCCCAGCAACCAUCGAUUCCUUCCAGGAUGCAGUGAAGUGCUUGUCUGAGUUUGCCUGCAAUGCAGCCUUCCCGGACACCAGCAUGGAAGCCAUCCGCCUCAUCCGGCACUGCGCCAAAUACGUCUCGGACCGGCCUCAGGCGUUCAAGGAGUACACCAGCGACGACAUGAACGUGGCUCCUGAGGACAGAGUGUGGGUGCGAGGGUGGUUCCCAAUCCUCUUUGAGCUGUCCUGCAUCAUCAAUAGAUGCAAAUUAGAUGUAAGAACCAGGGGCCUGACUGUAAUGUUUGAGAUCAUGAAAACCUAUGGACACACCUACGAGAAGCACUGGUGGCAGGAUCUGUUCCGCAUCGUCUUCAGGAUAUUUGACAACAUGAAGUUGCCAGAGCAGCAGACUGAGAAAGCGGAGUGGAUGACAACUACCUGCAACCAUGCACUUUAUGCAAUCUGUGACGUGUUCACUCAGUAUCUGGAGGUCCUCAGUGAUGUGCUGCUGGAUGAUAUCUUUGCCCAGCUGUACUGGUGUGUGCAGCAAGACAAUGAGCAGCUGGCACGGUCUGGCACAAACUGCCUGGAGAAUGUGGUCAUCCUGAACGGAGAGAAGUUCACCCUGGAGAUCUGGGACAAGACCUGCACCUGCAUGCUGGAUAUCUUCAAAACCACCAUCCCCCACGCGCUGCUGACUUGGCGACCAGCCAGUGGGGAGUUUGGCUCUGGAUCCCCUGCUGAUGCAAAAGAGAAGCUGGAUACUCUCUCUCAGAAGUCAGUGGACAUCCAUGACUCUGUUCAGCCUAGGCCUGCAGAUGGACGUUCCUAUCAACCCAGCACAGGGCCUGCAGCAGCUGAGGAGCUGAGCAAAGCCAGGCCCACAGCCAAAUUCCCUGAGCAGAAGCUAUUUGCUGCUCUUCUGAUCAAGUGUGUGGUGCAGCUGGAGCUCAUUCAGACCAUCGACAACAUUGUCUUCUUCCCAGCAACCAGCAAGAAAGAGGAUGCAGAGAAUCUGGCAGCAGCACAGAGGGAUGCAGUGGACUUCAAUGUCCAUGUGGAUACCCAGGACCAAGGCAUGUAUCGCUUCCUGACCUCGCAGCAGCUCUUCAAGCUCCUGGACUGCCUGCUGGAGUCUCACCGAUUUGCUAAAGCAUUCAACGCCAACAACGAGCAGAGAACUGCUCUCUGGAAAGCAGGUUUCAAAGGCAAGUCCAAGCCCAACCUGCUGAAGCAGGAGACCAGCAGCCUGGCCUGCGGCCUGCGCAUCCUCUUCCGCAUGUACACCGACGAGAGCCGCACCAGCGCCUGGGAGGAGGUCCAGCAGAGGCUGCUCAAUGUCUGCAGCGAAGCUCUGAGCUACUUCCUCACACUGACAUCGGAAAGUCAUCGGGAGGCCUGGACCAAUCUGCUGCUCCUGUUUUUGACUAAGGUGCUGAAGAUCAGCGAUGACAGAUUCAAGGCUCACGCCUCCUUCUACUACCCCCUGCUGUGCGAGAUCAUGCAGUUCGACCUCAUCCCGGAGCUGCGGGCGGUGCUGCGCCGCUUCUUCCUGCGCAUCGGGCUGGUGUUCCAGAUCUGCCCCCCGCCCCAGCCGGAGCCUGCCACGGGCAGGGACUGACCCCUGCUGGGGGCUUCCCUUGCUCAGCUGGAGGUGAGGAGUGGGUGCAGAGCCCCCACCACAGCCGAGGGUCCAUGGUACAGCUGCUCACCGCUGUCCCUGCGGCGUGAAGCUCCGCUCCCCCUUCCCGAUGGAUUCCCACCCUGUGCCGUGGGAGCGAAUCGUUCCCAAAGAACUCCGGCCGCAAAGGUCUGAGCCUCAGGAGAGCUGUGCUGUGACGGAUUCCUGCUCCCAACGGACUUCUGCUGGUGGUAAGAGAUGGAGCAGCUCUGGCUGGUGCCGCGGCAGCGUCGCAGGCUCAGGCUGCCCGAGGCGUGGGCGAUGCUCUUGUGGCACGGGCGGAGGCAGGGCUGCCACAGAGCCUGACACUAGACAGUUCUUCCCAGGGGGGGUUGAUUUCUCUUGUGGAGCUGAUGAGAACCCAGCACACUUCAUCCUUUACCAAAUGCACUAGAAGAAGUUUGGGGUUAUUUUUGUUUGGGGUUGUGAUUUUCUUUCUCUCCUCUCUUGGUUUUGGGUUUCUUGGUUAGCCCAGCAGUUAGUGCUGCUGCCUCCCGGUGGGAGCAGAGCUAGAACCAUCACAACUGACACCACUACCUGUACUAUACCUGGCUUAGGGCUUUUAACUCUUACCAGAGCCAUCAAAACGAUCCUUCAAGGACUGGAACUUGAAUCACUGCAAACGAGUCUCGGCUGUUGUCUGCUGUCAGAUGUUUCUUUCUGUUUGAUGUAGAUUUCCUCUCCUGUACAGAAUUUCACGUGGGAUAUAUUGCAGUAACAAAACGCAGCAUGGUUGGGGCUGGUCGAGUUCAUGGCGAUGUCUUCAUACUGUGAAUUGUGCUCUGAUGGUUUCCAGGCAAAGCUUCUCAAGCAUUCUGUACUCCAAUGGAUGUAGAAAUUUUUUCAGAGGGACAAAAUGUAUAUGGUACAGAUCUGUAAAGUUUUCUAUGUAAAAAAAUUCUGUACAACUUUCUGUACAAUAUUUGGUUCUCAUCUGGCAUAUUCUAAUCAGGUUAUAGGUCAAUAAAGUUUUUGAACUCUU